AUGACGAUACUUGUGAGCAGGCCAAGAAGACUGCAAGUGGCAAUGAUGAUGAUGACGAAGCUGAGAAUCUGCUGGAUUUUUCUCUGUGUUUUUGCCUUACAAGAAACGUGUGUGAUCAGUGAGGCAGGAAGCCCAUAUCCUCGCAUAAAGCUCUCCUAUGAAGAGCUGACGGUGGGACAGGGCCUGAGGAAGUACGAACUAGACCGCUCCUGCUGCUUUAGCACCCUCCUUCUGGAUGAGGAGAGAGGCCGGCUGUUUGUCGGGGGCAAAAACUACUUGCUGUCUCUGAGUCUGGACAACAUCAGCAAACAGGAACACAAGAUUUACUGGCCAGCUCCUGUGGAGUGGAGAGAGGAAUGCAACUGGGCCGGCAAAGACAUUAACGAUGACUGUGUAAACUAUGUCAAGAUUCUGCACCACUAUAAUCGCACCCACCUGUACGCCUGUGGCACGGGGGCCUUCCAUCCCACCUGUGGCUUUGUGGAGGUGGGACAGAGGAUGGAGGACCACGUUUUCCGCCUGGACCCUGCCAAGGUGGAAGAUGGCAAAGGAAAGAGCCCCUAUGAUCCGAAGCACCAGACUGCCUCUGUGCUCAUUGGAGAAGAGCUUUACUCUGGAGUGGCAACUGACCUAAUGGGACGGGACUUUACCAUCUUCCGCAGCCUGGGCCAUCGGAACUCCAUCCGCACGGAGCAGCAUGACUCCCGCUGGCUGAAUGAGCCAAAAUUCAUCAAUGCCUUCUGGAUCCCAGAGAGCGACAAUCCUGAUGAUGACAAGAUCUUCUUCUUCUUCCGAGAGACAGCAGUAGAGGGGCAAAGUCUGGGCAAAACUUCAUUUGCCCGCAUUGCACAGCUCUGCAGGAAUGACAUAGGUGGGCAGCGCAGCCUGGUAAAUAAGUGGACGACCUUCCUGAAGACCCGUCUUAUCUGCUCCGUUCCCGGCAGCGAUGGCAGUGACACAUACUUCGACGAACUGAGAGAUGUGUUUCUGCUGCAGACACGCGACAGGAAAAACCCCCUGAUCUACACAAUCUUCUCAACAUCAAGCAAUGUCUUUAAGGGAUCAGCGGUCUGCUUGUACACCAUGAAUGACAUCCGCCGAGCAUUCCUGGGGCCUUUUGCACACAAGGAGGGGCCUAAUUAUCAAUGGUUACCUUUCCAGGGCAAAGUCCCCUACCCACGGCCCGGCAUGUGUCCAAGUAAGACCUUCGGCAGCUUUGAGUCCACCAAAGGUUUUCCAGAUGACGUCAUUCAGUUUGCAAGGCACCACCCUCUGAUGUACAGCCCAGUGUACCCUCUGAACAAACGGCCCAUCUUCAUUCGCAGCAACGUGGACUACAGCUUCACCCAGAUUACUGUGGACAGGGUUACUGCAGCAGAUGGCCAGUAUGACGUCAUGUUUAUUGGAACAGACAUCGGCAGUGUCCUGAAGGUCAUUUCUGUGCCCAAGGAGAGCUGGAAGAACAUGGAAGAGCUUGUUCUGGAAGAGAUGCAGGUCUUCAAGAAUCCAACUCCAAUUAUCAACUUGCAGAUCUCCUCUAAGCGGCAACAGCUCUAUGUCGGCUCAGAGGCUGGGCUUGCUCAGGUGCCGCUUCAUCGCUGCAGCAGCUAUGGGAAGGCCUGUGCUGAAUGUUGCCUGGCACGGGACCCCUACUGCGCAUGGGACGGGACCUCCUGCACCCGCUACCUCCCCAAUACCAAAAGGCGUUUCCGCAGACAAGAUGUGCGUAAUGGAGACCCCAACACACUGUGCUCAGGCGAUCACCAGAAGAACCUUGUGACUGAGAAGAAGCUGUAUGGGGUGGAGGGCAGCAGCACUUUCCUGGAAUGCAUACCCAAGUCCCUGCAGGCCCAAGUCACCUGGACGUACCAAAGCAACCCUGAACAGCGGCGAGUAGAGCUGCACCCAGAUGAGAGGCUCAUCAAGACGGACAGAGGUCUGCUCCUAAGGACUGUGAUGCGGAGAGAUAUGGGCAUCUACCACUGCCAUGCUAUGGAACACGGCUUUACCCAGACUCUUCUACGCAUCACUCUGGAUGUCAUCCCCUCAGGCCAGCUGGAAGGUCUGCACCGUAAGGAGCACCUGGACCCUCGAGGGUCUAGCCAGAAGCUCUGGUAUCGUGACUUCUUACAGCUGGUUGACCACCCCACCCUGAACAGUGUGGAUGAGAUAUGUGAACAAGUAUGGAAGCGCAAGAAUCGGCAGACCAAGCUAAAGCCGCCAGAGCCCCCAAUGCCCAUGGUGGUCCACAGCAAAGCCAACAAGUGGAAACACCUGCAAGAAGUGCGUAAGAACCGCAAUCGCAGGACUCAUGAAGGCAAGAAGACAGACAGAGCACCACGUAGCACGUCUAUCUGGUGAAAGAGAGACAGGAAUGGGAGAAAUGUGGAAGUGCAUGGGUGUGUAGCCAUCGCCCGUGCACUUACUGUACUUAAUUCACUUUGCCUUAAAAUCUGCAGAAUCUGAGCACCACAAGGAAUAUCGCUAGACUGAGGAUUCAUGCUUGAGAUGGCCCUGCCAUCGGGGGAGCUACUGAUUCCUGCCCCAGGUCUCCAAGACUUGUCAGCCACAUUUCAGAAAAGACCACUGUUUUAUAGACUUCCACCACUUAAAGACCAAGCAGCUUCAUCCUGCCAGCUGAGCCAUCCUUGAUAUUCUAAGUUGUGCUCCCAGGGUGCAUCGCUGCUACCAGUUCAACCAAUAAAGCACCCGAGUGUCCACUCCUGUCCAUCUCACCUGCCUUAACUGUUUUGUUAUCACGCCCCUGCACUUCUGGCCCGCACUAACUGAAUGCAGCUGUUCUCAAGGAGAUGCUCUGCUGCACUUGUUACAUUUGCUUACGUCUUUCCAGGAAGGCCAUUGGUGUCUUCCAUUGGGAAAGCCGGAAAAGCAGAAACUCCGUAUUUUUUUUAUUGAACAUUAUUUAAGAUAAACCUGAAUUAUUUAAGAGACGCUUUGAUCCCUUGUGGACCUGCUGGAUGAGCUGCCACCCAGCCAUCUGCCAGUGGUGGUAAGCACCGGAACUUCCUUUGCACAGCCCACCGUUGAUGGGAUCCACAAAAUAAGCUAAGUCUUGUUGAACAAUGCUCUGUGGCUGCUGGGGGCCGAAGUGAACGGGACGCUGUAGAGAGACAACCCAGAUGGAUGGACGUUUGUCGCGAUGCCCACGUGCUUGACACCAUUUGUGUGUAGACUUUCAGUAGGUGACCAUGUGCCCCCAGCAGGUGACAGAUGAUACAGCGACAGCAGGCUGUUUCAGCCAAAUGCAGCUAGACAACACGUUUGGGAUUGUGUUUCCCUGUGACUCAUAUUGACCUUUGAUGUGUGCCAUCUUUCUGGCCACUAUAUCUAUGUGUAUAUAUUGCUAUGGGGAGGGGAGGGCUUCUUACAACAGGUCACCAUUAGUGUACCAUGUAAAUGCAAUGAUUUAAAUUAACACAAUAAAGAGACUUUCUGCA